AUGGUGGAGAACUAUUUACGCGCCACGGGAUUCUACCACGUCUCUAGAAUUGGAGUCAUAAGAGGAUUUCACCCCAUGUUAGCUGCUCUGGUUGAAAGGUGGAGGCCUGAAACACACACCUUUGUAUUGCUGAUCGGUGAGGUUACAGUGACAUUAGAGGAUGUCGCUCAUAUAUUCGGCCUACCCAUUGAUGGAGAGCCUGUCAGUGGAUGGACAGAUAGUAGUGGCGAGUUCGUUCAAAGUCAGGGCAUAGCGAUAUUCGGUCGUGAGCCAUCAGUCAAUGGUAAUGUGAAGUCCUAUAUAAAGCUGGGAUGGGUUCGACGUAUCAGAGACGCAGAGCCGUUGGACACUGACGAGUCUAUCAGGAGAUACGUCAGAUGUCAUAUCUUCUGUUUGUUAGGGUCGACCCUAUUCACGGACAAGUCGACUGCAUAUGCCCAUGCGAAAUAUCUACCGUUGCUUCGCGAUUUCGAGCGGAUCCAUACUUAUAGUUGGGGGUCAGCAUGUCUCGCCCAUCUUUACAAAGCACUAUGCCGUGCAUCACGAUAUGAUACAAAGGAGAUGGAUGGCCCUCUAAAUCUCUUGUUUGUUUGGGCAUGGGAGCGAAUGCCGUGUCUUGCUCCCGUACCGAGACAAACGCUUCCACCGGCCGUGGAGUCAUUCGGAACGGACCACAGCGUGGUCAUCAAGACCGUGGAGACAUUCAGGCAUGAUAUAGAUUACAUGCAGGAGUUUGAGUGGCGGCCGUAUGACGGGUUAUUCGUCCCCGACGACUUGCAUCCCCAUAUUGAGGUAUGUGACAUCAUUGCUCCGUUGUUGUCGUUCGAGUGUGGCACCCUGCGGACCAAGUGA